AUAGACCUUCUGUCGGACACUCACUGCUGCCGGUCAAUUCCAUUCAGCCUUCAAAAUGGUCGUCCGUAUUCGUCUGGCCCGAUUCGGGAACAAGCAUCAACCAUUUUACAACAUUGUUGUUGCGCAGGCACGGAGUGCUCGUAACUCGAAACCUUUGGAGGUCAUUGGCACUUACAACCCCGUCCCGCAACGCCCUACGAACCUCUCCGACGAGGAAGCCCGCAGCGCAAGGCCAUACAAGGAAGUAUCACUUGACCGGUCCCGAGCCAAGUACUGGAUCGGUGUUGGAGCGCAGCCCAGUGAUGGUGUGUGGCGGUUACUGAGCCUGGCUGGCAUCGGCGAUGGCAGAACAAAGACACAGAACUAAAACUUGUUUCAUUCAUACCCAGAUUUCUUGUAUUGAUUGAUGCAUCGCUAUCCCGAUCUUUACGUCAGUGAUUGAAGAGGACGGCCUAUUUGACUUGAUAUACUCUUUGAGUGCCAUGUUUUGGCAUUUUCCAUGGCGUUAUUGCGUGAACCUUUUCUGGAAUAUAUUGGUUCGAUGACCGAACCUUGUACCUGUACAUUAUGUGAGCUGGUUGUGUUUAAUUGUGACAUGAGAGAAUCGCAUUUGUCGAUUACGGACUGAGAACAAUAAACUAUGGAGGGCCACGCUGCGCCCUG